AUGGACUUGGAUUUGGUAGCUCGCAAUGUGGGACACUUAAAACUCAUCAAUUCCUUUCAUGGGUCUCGGGUUUCUUUGAGAAGGGAAGCUGCGAGAGAUGAUGAGAAAGUGGUUUGGGAACUGGAACUGGAAGUUGGUGGUUCCAAAGACAAUGAUGGGGUAACAGUGGGUCUGAAUGCAAAACCAUGGAUCCUUAAAUGGGACGAAAUUUCAAGCCCAAUUAGUGCUCGAAUUUUCGAACUUUGUGACACUGAAUUGUUCCAAGAGACUCUGCAGAACUUUGAGGGUACCUCCAACUCAAAUUGUGGCCAUGAAGAAAAUUCAUCAUAUACCACAAAUAUAUCUCUAGCUUUAGAUGUAGACAAUAAGAUCAAUAGCAAUAGCAAUAUAGUCACCACCCCAUCUAGUAAUAUUGCAACCACUACCAACACCAACACCAACAACAACACAACAAAAAGCAGUAACAUGUGUAUUAUCUUUGACUCCCAAGAAGAAAUUGAUAAUGACACCUCUGCCUCCAUAGACUUCUCAUCAUCUCCAGCUUUUGUUGUUCCCCUACUUCUUCCAAUCACAACAACUCAGCAGGAACAAUUUGAUUUCUAUUCAUCAUCAGGUUCAGUUUUGAAGGGUCUCUCUCAGUAUCCCACUAAUCCUGUUGUAGCACCACUUAUUGGGGCUCCAUUAUCAUCUGUUUUUGAAGAUGAUUGCAUAUCUUCAAUCCCUUCUUAUGUGUCUCUUAACCCUUCAUCUCCUUCUUGCUCUUAUCUCAGUCCUGGCUUAGGAGUAUCAUACAUGCCUCCUAGGCCACUUAAUACUGCUGAAAGUUCUGGGUUAUUUGGUGGGAGCAUUCUACUUGGUUCUGAACUGCAGACACAAGAAUUGGAUUACCAAGGAGAAAAUGGUGGAAUAUGUUGUACAGAUUCAAUUCAGAGGGUGUUUAACCAACCAGACCUUCAGGCAUUUGGUUCUGAGAGUCAGAAACUGGUAGCUGGGGCUGGGAGUUCUGCCACUUUGGCACCAGAAAUCUCAAGCUUGGAGGACUCUACCUUAAAGGUUGGAAAACUUUCUGUUGAGCAAAGGAAAGAGAAGAUUCAUAGAUACAUGAAGAAGAGAAAUGAAAGAAAUUUCAGCAAGAAAAUCAAGUAUGCAUGCCGCAAAACAUUGGCAGAUAGCAGACCCCGAGUUAGAGGAAGGUUUGCAAAGAAUGAUGACUUUGCAGAGAGUCAUGGACCAGCUUGUAGCAAUCAUGAAAAAGAAAUAGUUAUGAAAGAAGAUGAUGAUAUGGUGGAUUCCUCAGAUAUCUUUGCCCAUAUCAGUGGGGUGAACUCCUUCAAAUGCAACUAUUCCAUCCAAUCUUGGAUUUGA